AUUUUAUGGUUAACGAAGAUGUAAUUAGAUGUAAAUAUAUAUAACAAGCAUUCAAUAGUAAUGUCUGUCUAAAGUCUAACCUAAGAUAAGGAUUUGUUUCAUUCCAUUUUAUUGCUUUGAGUACCGAAUCGCCUGAAACCUGAGACCUCUACAGGAAAGCCGGUGAAAUAUUAUGCUUAAAGUCGUCGUUGUGGAGUCCGAACGUGCGAAUAUUAUUUGUCGGAAAUUAUGGAGAAACGAAGAAGUUUAAGUAUACGACUAGAGAGAUGUAACAGAAGGAUCAGCAAAAGCAGCGGUGGCUCCGGCGUGCUGAAUCCUGAUACGAAUAACUUAGGGGACGAGUAUCCGUAUUGGUGGAGAAAUUUAGAAAACACUACGAUACCCAGACUAUCUACCGAUUCUACUAAUUUUAAUCAGACGAGUCGCCGCUUGCACUCCAAUUCGUCUAUAUGCGAGAAUGAUCUUGAGGAUGGCUGGUGGAACGUUUUGGGAGAUACGCCGGCCGAUUCGAAAUCCCACCAGAAGAACAACGAUCCAUCGGAGAAAAAUACAACUACCAGCGCACCAGCGAUGUCGGAGUCGGAUGAAGAAGGUAUGGUAAAAAAAAUGAGGCCUCCCCUGCGGUCUAUAGUAAAGAAGGCAAAGAAAGGUAGCGACAACGCGUUUUUGGACGUUUUGAAAAACGCGGGUGAUUCCAAACAACCAGCAUCGCCUUCGAAGAGGAAGUCUUUAAGGAAAGGAAUGGGAUUUUCCGUUGCGGCAGAUUCUCCUGUGAUCGCUGCUCCGACAGAUCCGAGCAAAGUUCAAAAUUUGUUGACCGAGUACGAGCACGAUCUGUCGACCAAUUCUCUACCGAAAGCAAGUAGCACGCUAUUGGACAGCACUAGCGUGUCCCGACAAGACAGUCAGGGAAACAGCAACAGCGACACAGAAUAUAUAGUGAUGAAGCCCAAGUCGAAGCUUCUGAGGCGACACAAUAGAGAGACGAGGAAGGAGGAGAAGAAUCUAUUCGAAGAUGUUCUGUUCCAGAAGACGAUCGACAAGGAUCUAAACCGAUCGCUUCACGAUGCUGGCACAGUGGUUGACGUGGAAAUAAAAGUGCCCAAGUUGCAGAUUGAAGCGGACAAGAGCAAACCCAUAGACGCAAACAGAAACAUCUCUGAGACUUUGGAAAGUUCCGCCAACACGAGUUCCAUCAUCUUUCAACCGCUGAAGCCUAAGUCCAAAUUCCUGGGAGGUCUACGGAGGAGUCCUAGGACGAACAUUCUUAAAAAUAUUCUCGACGAUAGUGAUUCAUCGGCUACGUUAGUUACUUCGAAUCGUUCCGAACACGAAGAACAUCGGAACAACAAAACUGUGCGAUCAUCAGAUGGUAGAUCUCGUGUGAUCAGCGCAGAAAGCACCGAUGAACGACUCGAAGGGAAGAUUCCCGUUGCAACGGAAGAGAGCGUGUCCACCCCGAAGACAUACAACAAAACUUUGCGAUCAUCAGAUGGUAGAUCUCGUGUGAUCAGCGCAGAAAGCACCGACGACCGACUCGUAGGGAAGAUUCGCGUUGCAACGGAAGAGAGCGUGUCCACCCCGAAGACAUACAACAAAACUUUGCGAUCAUCAGAUGGUAGAUCUCGUGUGAUCAGCGCAGAAAGCACCGACGACCGACUCGUAGGGAAGAUUCGCGUUGCAACGGAAGAGAGCGUGUCCACCCCGAAGAGAAACAACAAAACUAUGCGAUCAUUAGAUGGUAGAUCCCGCGUGAUCAGCGCAGAAAGCACCGACGACCGACUCGUACGAGAGAUCAGCGUUGCAACGCGAGAAAGCGUCUCCACCCCGAAGACAUACAACAAGACUUUGCGAUCAUCAGAUGGUAGAUCUCGUGUGAUCAGCGCAGAAAGCACCGGCGACCGACUCGAAGGGGAGAUUGGCGUUGCAACGGAAGAAAGGAUCUCCACCCCGAAGACAAAGGAAAUCUCGAGGAGGCGGAGCGAACCUCGAAGAAUAACGUCCUUAUUGUCGUCCAGCGACUCCGACCUGGAGUCCUUUGAGUCUUCCAAGAGGAGUAGCCGAAGGUCACUUGGCGUGAAGCCGUCAUCGGCGAAGCGGAGGCGUAGCGAGAGGCAGAGCAGUCUUCGAAAAUCGGGCUCGUAUUCCUCGAAAAGGGAGGAGGACGAAACGCAAAGCUUGGCGGUUUCGGUUUCCUCGAAGGGAACCGAAAAGUUUAAGAGCUUCGCGCAGAAUCGGAGCAAGAGACAGAGCUACGUUCAAAAAGAAACAUCAAUGCCGAGGGCCAAUGUUUCAGCAGCGGAGAAUUCGUUUGCAAAUACUACGUCGGAUGGUCGAACGCGCCCGAGAGAUCGGAACCAGUCUAAAAACGAUGUUAACUCCUCGGUCGGAAAGUCAUCGUCGCUUCCAAUUAGCGAAGUAGAAACGGAAACUGGCGAACGACUCGAAGGGGAGGACCGCGUUGCAACGGAAGAGAGCGUCUCCACCCCGAAGAGGAACAACAAAACUUUGCGAUCAUUAGAUGGUAGAUCUCGUGUUAUCAGCGCAGAAAGCACCGACGACCGACUUUUAAAGGAGAUUCGCGUUGCAGCGGAAGAGAGCGUUUCCACCCCGAAGAGAAACAACAGAACUUUGCGAUCAUUAGAUGGCAGAUCUCGUGUUAUCAGCGCAGAAAGCACCGACGACCGACUCGUAGGAGAGAUCAGCGCUGCAAUGGGAGAAAGCGUCUCCACCCCGAAGACAAACAACAAAACUGUGCGAUCAUUAGAUGGUAGAUCUCGUGUGAUCAGCGCAGAAAGCACCGAUGAACGACUCGUAGGGGAGAUUCGCGUUGCAACGGAAGAGAGCAUUUCUACCUCGAAGACAAACAACAAAACUGUGCGAUCAUUAGAUGGUAGAUCUCGUAUUAUCAGCUCAGAAAGCACCGACGACCGACUCCUAAAGGAGAUCCGCGUUGCAACGGAAGAGAGCGUUUCCACUCCGAAGACAAACAACAAAACUGUGCGAUCAUUGGGUGGUAGAUCCCGCGUGAUCAGCACAGAAAGCACCUCCUGUUCCGAGGACGUUCGUCUGAAACUGUCGAACAGUUCCGACUCGUCAGACGCGGAGAUGAUAAGAGUGAGUGCCAAGAAGACUUUCAGCUCUCAGAACAACGAUGAUCAAGUUCCCAGUUCACAGCCACCAGUUGCGGGCGAUCGAGUAUCCGUCGGUUCGCGUCGGAAAUCUGUUUUGCCGAAAGAGGUCGAGAAAGGCGGAGGUACCCAUUCCAGGACCAGUGCGAACCGGACAAUGGCGAUUGUUGGGACAUCGGAGGAACCGGUCGAGGCUGAAAAGACUGUCGGAGGACGGAGCCGCGAAAUCUCGAGGAGGCGGAGCGAGCCUCGGAGAAUAACGUCCUUGUUGUCGUCCAGCGACUCCGACCUGGAGUCCGACGAGUCUCUCAAGAGGAGUAGCCGAAGGUCGCUCGGCGCGAAGCCGUCGUCUGCGAAGCGGAGGCGAAGCGAGAGGCAGAGCAGUCUUCGUAAAUCGGGCUCGUAUUCCUCGAAGAGGGAGGAGGACGAACACGUGGACGAAACGCGAAGCUUGGCGGUUUCGGUUUCCUCGAGAGGAACCGAAAAGUUUGAGAGUUUCGCGCAGAGUCGGAGCAAGAGACAGAGCUACGUCGGAAAAGAAACAUCGUUGCCGAGUGCCAGUGUUUCCGCAGCCGAGAAUUCGUUCGCAAAAACCACGUCGUUUGGUAGAUCGCGCCCGAGAGACCGGUCUGAAAACGACGUCAACUCCUCGGUCGGGAAAUCACCGUCGCUUCCAAUUAGCGAAGCGGAAACGGAAACCGACGAACGACUCGAAGAGGGGAUCCGCGUUGCAACGGAGGAGAGCGUCUCCGGCCCGAGGAAACGAAGCGGGGUCGCGAUUAGAUCGAUCGGAUCGAUCGAGAUCGGGAAGCCCGACGCAUCGAGCAGGAAGAUCGGCGACGAACAGCCUCGGAAGCGGUCGUCUUCGCGCGGCAUCGUCGACCGCGUCGCGGAGCCGUUCGAUCCUGCCGUAGAGGAGAACGAUCCCGGCACGAGCAGGACCAGUGGACUGGCGUUUUCGCCUAAUCGGAUCAACGUAGAAUCGGGCCGAAGACGAACCGGUCGUGUCGUCGAGGUCGAUGGGAAAGAGAACGCGAAGCAGCAUCCGACGUUAGAGUCGCGGAACGUCGACGGGGAUUCGAACGCGGUCGGAAGAACGUCGCGCGUCGAAGCUGGCCUCGGCGAAGCGAAGAGCUCUACGACCUCGCAGGCAGUCGCGAAGGGUCAGCGGCGUAUGGAGGACUUCUUCCAGGCGAAGACGAGCGCGUCCAAGGUGCUCUCGAACGUCGAGGCGGCGCAGAAGAUCCGGAAGAAGCUGGACGAGAUGAAGAAGCGGGAGAUCACGGAGGUGAAGAGAACUUGGGCCGAUAGCGGGGCGAAGCUGCCGGGAGAGAGGCGAAAGAACGUCGUCGGCAGGUCAGCGGCGAGGUCGAAGAAGCCGAGUUCCGAGCCGCCGGCGCAGGUGCACAAAGCUUUUCUGGUGAACGGCCGGGUGUACAAGCAGCCCCGGCUCCCGCGCCCGACGAAAUGGGUGACGGACCGGCUGUACCAUUUCCUGUGGAAGCGGAUGCAGCCGAAGUUCGAGCAGGAGACGAGGAUGCUGUCCGAGAGGUUCGUCCGCGAGUUGUGCGAGGUGUCCGCCUUGAUAGCGAGACGAAAGCUGUACGCCUCGUACAAAGCGGAGAUGCACGCGUUGAUGAAGGAGAUGGCGCGGCUCCAUAUCAUACGCACCCGACACGAUUUCUAUAAUUUCUGCCACGACUACCUGCCGUACGAGCUGCGCGUCAAAAUGGUGCCCAUGCUGCUGCCCGGAAACCAGAGGAACAUCCCUUACGAGCCGAACGAAUUGCACGAGCCGCUGCUCGAUUCUUGACUCUGCCACGCCGCUAUCAGUAUUCUCGAACGUUUCGAAUGUGUUUGACCUUUUAGGCCCGACGCGCCGCUAUAGCGGCUUUCGCGGGUGUCAUUUCUCUGGACGACGCGCCACUAUAGUGG